CGGCGGGCCGCCUCUCUCUUUAACCCGCUCGGUUCGGUUCGGCGCGCCUCUGACUGCGGGGCUCCGCUGCGGGGACGAACCCGCACAUGUCCUGAAGAGCAGAACCAGGAAGUUCGGAGUUGGGAUCGGGUUCUGACCCGGAAUGACGCGCUGCGGGCGGACUGUGCGGUGAGUUUAGCGGUGUUUGCGUGGCAGAGCGGUUCUGGAGCUGCUGCGGUUCGGAGUUGGUCCGGACCGGGAUAACGUCCUGUUUCUGGUCCCGGUCAGCAGGAACCACCAGGAAUGAUUCACCUGGAACACCGACGGGAAUUCUGCCUUCUCUAGAACCGGACCCAGUCUUUCCCUGCGCGGUUCGGCUGCGGGGUUCGGCUGGUUCUCUCUCUGGGGAUCAUGGCUUUUCUGAUCAAGAAGAAAAAGUUUAAGUUCCAGGUCCACUUCGUCCUGGAGGAACUGACCGCGGUUCCGUUCGUCAACGGGGUUCUGUUCUGCAAGGUUCGGCUGGUGGACGGUGGGGACUUCAGCAUCUCCUCCUCCAGGGAGGAGGUGCAGCAGAACUGCGUUCGAUGGGGGAAGAGGUUCUCCUUUGUGUGUAAAAUGAACGCCAACCCCAUCACUGGAGUGUUGGAUCCCUGCAUCUGCAGAGUUUCUGUUCGCAAGGAGCUGAAGGGGGGGAAGGCCUACUCCAAGCUGGGAUUUGCUGACCUCAACAUUUCUGAGUUUGCUGGUUCAGGCUCGACGGUCCGCUGCUGCAUCCUGGAGGGCUAUGACACCAAAAACACCCGGCAGGACAACUCCAUCCUGAAGGUGACCAUCGGGAUGACGCUGCUGUCUGGAGAUCCCUGCUUCAAAACGCCUCCCAGCACGGCUAAGUCCGUCCUGAUUGGACUGGAGGAUCCCAACCUGCAGCUGGCCUGUAAGGGGGACAGCACCGCCUCUCUGCAGCCACCAGGGGGCAUCGUGGAGGGGCCUGGUGCCGUUAAGCCCAGACAGUCUUCUGUUCGUGGUUUAGGGCGGCCGGAGCAACCUGACGGCCUUCACAGCCCGGAUGAUGUCUUCCUCACUCGGCACGUCCGCAGCGCCAGUCAGCACAGCAAAAUAUCAGGCUACAGCACCGGUCACUCCCGCUGCUCCAGCCUGACCGACCUCCGCCACCGCCGGCACGCCUCGUCCAGCAGCGGCGCGUCCUGCGGCGCCGCUCAGCCCGCCCCGCCGCUGCCCCCCACCCCCACCAAGCCGGAGCGGCCGCCCCCGCCCUCGGCUGCCGCCCUGCUGUCCCACCGCUCCUCCAGGAGGAAGAAGGACGCCGUGGAGCGCCAGCGGAGUUGCGUGGACGACACUCGCAUCGACGCCGACGACAUUGUGGAGAAAAUCGUCCAGAGUCAGAACUUCUCAGCCGGCAGCAGCGACGAAGACAGCCACCUGAGACUGUUUGUCAGUAAAGACGGGACCACAGCCCUGAGCGGGACGCAGAUGGCCACCAGAGGAUCUCCGGGCGUCUUUGAGCCAGUGGUGAUCGAGACUCACUGAGGCUCCAUGAUGGAGGUUCUUCUGCAGACCCGGUUUACUCAGAACCAGCGGUUCCCGUCCGCUCCGGGUCGCUCCACUCACCUCCAUUAUCAGCUGCUUUUAAAUCUGAAUGAUCUGGAUUAUUCCAGCAGAGCCUGGCAGGAUCCAGGCCUCCAGAUGAUUAAUCCUGAAUGUGUGAGAAUAAUCCAGAACAAUCCAGAAUAAUCCAGAAUAAUCCAGAACAAUCCAGAAUAAUCCAGAAUAAUCCAGAAUAAUCUGACACUCGGCGGGUAAAAAUGUUUCUUCUUUUUAUGCACAGAAACGUAUUAAAACCCAUAAAGUUAUGAAUUUACCUCGGAGUCGGAUGUGAAGCUGCAGGCAGUUUUAACAUUUUUAUUCUGAAACAUUUCAGCUUCAGAACCGGUUCUGACCCGAUUCAACAGAACCGCUCUGCUUUAAGACAACAGAGUUCUGCAACUUUGUGAUGACAUCACAAAAUGUUUGGUUUUAUAACUCAGAGGAUUAUUUUACUUUAACGCUGAGGACGUUAUUAUUAUUAUUAUUAUUAUUAUUAUUAUUAUUAUUAUUAUAGUCUACUGGUUGAUCAGUGUGUUGUUUGUAUUUCACAGUUUUGCACGUCUAACCUCUGAGGUUUAUUAUUAAUAACCACUAUAACAGUUUUGAAUCUCUGCUUUAAUCUCUGUCGUGUUUCUGAAUGGAGAGAAAAUUGAUGAAUAUUUUCUCUUCGUUCUCCAACCUGGAUUUUAUUACUUUAAAUCCAUUUAAAACACAUUAAAGAGCCUUUAAUCAGCUGUGCCUUUUUAAUGCAGAAAAAUUAAACAUUGAUUUUCUUUUGCUUCUCAGGAUCUGUAGCUACUGAAUGAUUAGCCGCUAACGGGGAUGCUAAAGGCUAAAGGCUAAUUGCUAGUUUUUGUUACCGUUCUCUGAAUUUUAGUCACAAUUUUGACAUUGAUACAUGAAAAAUGUAUUAUUCACAUUUCUUUUAUUCUGUCUGUAGAACAAGUGCAGGUGUGUGUCUCCUAAAGCUUUAAAUGUAGCAGCUAGCAGUAAAGAGGGCAGCUAGCUGCUAACUGCUAACUGUUUGUUGUUUCUCAUCUGGGUAAUAAUUUUCCUUGUGGUUCACGAAAAUGUAAUGUAGAGAUCUGCUUGAUCUUUUCUUGCUCUUGAGGUUUUGAGGUUCUUCUAACUGAUUUAGCUGUGGUGUUUAGGAGUUAGCAGGACGCUAGCAGCUAAUUUUCCUCAGCAUUUUGUUAGGGUUAGCGUUAGGGUAGAAGUUAGAGCAUGUGCUGCUGGGACCUAUAUUAUUUUAUUUGACUUUUCUUUGCUUCAUUUUGGCUCCUGGUUAAUAAUCUAUUUACUGCUGAGCCGCAUCAUGUAGUUAAAAGGCUAACUGUCUUCAGCCAUUUGUUUGUAUGGAAUCACAGAAGUGCCACAACAAAGA